UCUAUGGGGUGAAGGCACUAUUGCCUCGAUGAAAGUGUCUCUGCCUCGACCUCAGAUGAAUGUGAAGGUUAUAGUAGAUGACUCCCUUCAUGAAAGGCUCACAGCACUUGACAUGUCCUCAAAGUUACUACCAAAUGUUUUGACUGGAGAUAUAAAAAUUUGUGGAGCUGCAGCUUUUCUGAAUCACCCUCUACAGUCUCAAAAUCAGGACAGAGUUAUACUACACUACAGAACCACCACCAGACUGGACAUGAUCAGCCAAAGACUCUUAGAGGAAGGAGUUCCUGCCUCAGUCAUUAAUGCACCCACAGCUACACAUUUGAUCAUCGCAGUGUUCUAUGGAGCCCAGGCUUUCUUUGUUUUUGACAGUAAAAGCAACAUCUCUAAAGAAAAUAUAGUAAUGGUAGAUAUUGUUAAGAAGAUUACCUCUACUGUUGGUGUAAGAAACAUAUACUCAAGCCUCACUGAGACUGAAAAAGCUAAAGGAUCAUUAUAUGCUUGUAGUCUUUACAGUGAUGAAGGUGACUGGACAAGUCCAAUGUCUUUUUAUAAGGCUGUGAAAGCCUAUGGUUCUUUGCCAGGUCUGCUUGGAUCUAGAGGUGAGAGGGCAAUUCCUUUGAAGGUAUGGCUCUACCCUUUGAAGAAAUUGGACAAGUGCUCUGUUUGUGCUGUUCUGAAUGGAGUCAGUGAAAACUUAAAGAAUCGAGCCGAGAACAUUCUAAUAGAUUUAAGAAAACCGAUCAAGAUGUGUCAGGACAUGGUCACAAAUUAUGAUAAUAUAAGCGUGACUGCAUGGUUUCCUGUCCUGAAAGAUAAACUCAUACACUUUUCAGAGCUUCUGAAGGAGUACUACACAAUUUUCCAAGUAGGAAUCACAGAGAUUGUUACAGAGGAGGAAUUGCAGAGAAUAUUAAUAUAUGUUCUAGAGAGACAUGACCAAUCACCAUUCAGUGCAGAGAAAACAAACCAGUGGCUGUAGAAUAAAGAAACUGAACUGAAGAUUCUGAAUGACCUUAGAGCUGCAGACAUCACUGUUGUGAAAUCAAAGGCAGAGUUACAGCAAGUCAUUAGUCAUUCUCAGAAAACCAGAGUGAUGUGUCUCACUCUUUUUCCACCAGAUUUUGAAGAUUCAUUCCUCACUGUUCUGAGGCAGCACAUUGAAUCUGAUCACAUGAUAUCACAUGAUUCACUGCCAGUUAGUAUUGAUCAGAAAGUGCUAAUUGACGUACAACUGUUUAUUGCUGCUAAAGAAACAAAUGAAGAUGUAGAGCGAACCGAGUUCUUUGCUGCAUCUGUGUCUGGUGAUUGUUUUCCUGAGUACACUGUGCAGUUUUAUCAUGCUGGGAGGAUUGUGAGCAGAAAUGUGAAGCUUGGAACAAAACCAGAUCUUGCCCAAAUAGUUCAGAUAAAACAAACCAGUGUGUCCCUGAAGCUUAAUCAAACACAAACCAAAAGCCUUGCGAAAUAUAUGGUGG